AAUAAAUGCCUUAUACCUGAGUACGACGACAACACCAAAAAUUACCUCUGAAGCAGAUCAUUUUAUUUUGAAAAUUCAAAGCGGAAAUGGCUUUUGUAGCUUUCUUUCUUUACAGUUACUGGGGGUAUCCAAACUUUAAGGUACAAAAAGAUGGAAUCGUCAGAAAACCUCUCCGGUCAGGAGGUCGGUGUUGAACAGGAUGCUACACCGACUCUCGUGGAUGUGGACGCCGCGUUGUUGCUGCUGGGAGCGGGAGUUACAGCCAUCACACACCCGCUGCUCUACGUGAAGCUGCUAAUACAGGUGGGACAUGAACCUCUUCCCCCAACUGUGGGCACGACCAUGUUUGGACGACGAGUCUUGUACCUGCCGGGCUUCUUCUCCUACGCUCAUCACAUCGUGAAAGUUGAUGGAAAGAGAGGACUCUUCCGCGGCCUCUCGCCCCGAAUCGUGUCCAGCACCAUCUCCACCGUCGUCAGGAUUAAAGUGAAACAGGUGGAGCUUCUACCCAAGAGAGACGAGCUGCAGACAUCACUCAGGAAAGUGGUGAAGGAGACCUCACAUGAGAUGAUCAUCCAGUGCCUGUCCAGAGUAGCCACUCAUCCUUUUCAUGUUAUGUCCAUGCGGUGCAUGGCCCAGUUUGUUGGCAGAGAGGUGAAGUAUGGUGGGAUAUUCAGCUGUAUUGUGAAGAUUUUUAAGGAGGAAGGAGUUGCUGGAUUCUAUGUCGGGCUCGUACCCCACGUGGCGGGAGAAGUCCUCUUCCUGUGGUUCUGUAACCUCCUGGCUCACUUUAUUAACACCUACGCUGUGGACGAGAGUGUAAGUCCUUCACCUUUAUGGAUGGUAGAAGAGAAAGGGAAUGAAAGACAACAAGCUAUGUUCACUCAGGCCUCGGCAGUGCGGAGCUACACUAAGUUUGUGAUGGGCAUUGCAGUGAGUGCUCUGACGUAUCCAUUCAUGCUGGUGGCCGAUAUUAUGGCAGUCAACAACUGUGGCUUGGCUGCAGGUCUUCCUCCUCGCUCUCCCAUCUUCAAGUCCUGGCUGCACUGCUGGAACCACCUAAGCCACAAGGGUCAGCUCUUCAGAGGGUCCAGCUUCUUUUUUCGCCGGGUGCCCGUCACCUCCCGGCCCUCCACCGAGGGAUAACAUCAUCUUCAUCUUCAUCUUCAUCAUCAUCAUCAUCAUCGCUUGCUGGGAUGUUCUUCCUCCAUCUGCCCCCCCCCCACACAAAUAUGAAUCAUGUAUGAAGUGUGUACUUCGUCCACAGCGAUCCCAAAUCUUAAGGGUUAGUGGUGCUAACCUCAGGCUAAGCAUACGUACAUUUUAACAGCGGGGGGGAGGGGGGAUUUAAUUUUUUUCCAUAUUUAUACUUAUUUAAAAUCUUAUUUAUUCUAAACAACCUAAAUGUGAAAUGUCUGCACCGUUAUCAUUUGCAGAAGACUAAAUAAAGUGAAUAAGGGUGCAGACACUUCCCAUAUAGUUUGUCGACCGAUACUUUGCCAAAGCAACUUUUUUUAUUCCUUUUUUCACUCAGUAACGGAUGAAAUGUAGCGAAAAAACAUACUAAAGUAAAAGUAAAGUUACUGUUUUU